AUGUGUCAUCGAUCUUCCUUUCUUCUGUCUUUCUUCUCUCCUCCCUUACUUCUCUUCUCCAUUUCUUCUCUCUUGCUUUUCUUCUCUCCACCCUUACUUCACUUCUCCCUUUCUUCUCUCCUCCCUUUUUUCUUUCCUCCUUUACUUCUCUCUUCCCUUACUUCACUUCUCCCUUUCUUCUCUCCUGCCUUUCUUCUCUCCUGCCUUUCUGCUCUCCUCCUUUACUUCUCUCCUCCCUUUCUUCUCUCCUCCUUUACUUCUCUCCUCCCUUUUUUCUCUCCUCCUUUACUUUUCUCCUCCCUUUCUUCUCGCCUCCUUUACUUCUCUCCACUUUUUCUUUUCUCCUCCCUUUCUUCUUCCCUCCUUAACUUCUCUUCUCCCUUUGUGAUCCCUUACUUCUCUCCUCCCUUCCUUCUCUUCUCUUUUACUUCUCUCCUCCUUUACUUCUCUCCUCUCUUUCUUCUCUCCACUUUUUCUUUUCUCCUCACUUGCAUAUAUUCACCCUUUCUUCUCUCCUCCUUUUAUUCUCUCCUCCUUUUCUUCUCUCCCCCGAUACUUCUCUCUACUCACUUCCAUCUAUCCAACCUUUCCUCUCUCCCCACUUACAUAUAG